CAGACGUGAAGCAGGAAGUAAACCGGAACAGCGUUCACGAAACAGCCGCUGAGCCGGUGAUAAUAAAGGGGAUACCUCUGUGAGAUAAACGAUGGAGGAAUAUAACUCUGGAGAUGAGGUCGUCUUCAAUGCUGAUGAGGUCAAUAUCUCGGUUAAAGAGUGUAUCGAAGGUGUCAUUGGUGGAACUGAUUACAACCAGAAUAAAGUGAACCAGUGGACGGCCAGUAUAGUUGAGCACUCUCUCACUCACCUGGUGAAGCAAGGACGUCCGUUCAAAUACAUAGUAAACUGUGCGAUCAUGCAGAAGAGUGGUGCUGGUCUCCACACAGCCAACUCCUGCUACUGGGACACUACCACUGAUGGAAGCUGCACAGUCAGAUGGGAGAAUCGCAACAUGUACUGUGUGGUCAGUGUGUUUGCUGUGGCGCUGUGAGCUGCUCUCUCUCUCUCUGGACACCAUCAUGUCUGACUCUUGAAAUGGCACUGUGACCAAGAAGUCAUGAAGCUCCUCUAAUGUAUCCCUCAGUGCGUACAAGUUACUUAUUUCGCCUCACAGGCUGGAAUGACUUAACGUCAGAAUAAGAGUUAAUUUGAGAAAACUUUGCUUUAUAGAGACCAAGGACAUAAUUCAACCCUGAAGCAGUGCUUUGUUAGGAAAUAACACCUGCGUGAACACUAAAUAGUUUCUCUCCCUAAUGUUGUAAUUUGUCUAUAAUGUAAAUCUUGAUUAAGUUUAAGCCGUGCUUGCAACAAGGUUCUAGGAAUGCAGUGUCUUGUCUGUCCAGACUGAAAUAUCCCAACAACUAUUGGAUGGAUUGCCAGGAAAUUUGCUACACACAUUCAAGCCUCCAUCCUGAUAAAUUGUAAUAAGCCUGAGUUAAGCCUCAGGCUGCUAGCACGGCUGUAGACUCUUAGUCUUCUCUUUGUUUACCUCCUUCAAUACAUUCCCGAAUAAAACAGUUGCUGUCGUGAUAAGUUUGGUAUUUAAAAAAAGUCUGUUGUGUUUUAGUAGCUAACUGACUACUUGUAAAAAGUAUCUCUGCUAAUCUGCAUUAUUAUUUUAUUGAUGGGUAAAAAAACUGUAGAUAUGAGAGUUUGUUUUUCAAGGAUGAUGUAAUUUAAUGGUCAGAAU